AUGUUGACCAUUCGACUGUUCUCAUUGUUUGCAUUGUCGAUCUGUGCUUGUGUUGCCCGUCCUGAAUACGAGCACAAUGCAAAACCUUUCGCUAAUGCCCUACAAGCUCGACAGGAAGGAGGAGGAAACUCCAGCUCCUCGCUUCAAGUCGACCUAGGCUACGGAAUGUACGAAGGAGUUCAAAACAGCACUUCCGGGCUCAACAUUUGGAAAGGGAUUCGGUAUGCCGCACCCCCGACCGGUUCUAACAGAUGGCAAGCGCCCACUGCACCACAAGUGUCCAGAUCUUCCGUCACCAGUGCAAGCUCCUUCGCCGCGAUCUGUCCUCAGGGACCAGAUGCGAGUACCAGCAUCAGUGCAGUCAACCAGACCGGUGCCAGCGAAGACUGCCUGUUCUUGAACGUCUAUUCACCGAGCAAUGCAACUGGCCCGCUGCCCGUUCUUGUGUGGAUUCAUGGAGGCGGAUACGGUGCUGGGAAUGGGAGGCAAGACCUGUCGACUCUGAUCAAUGCCAAUGGAAAUAUUUUCGUUGGCGUGGCGAUUCAAUACCGGCUAGCAGCAUUUGGCUUCCUGUCCUCGGACGAAGUCUUUCGUAACGGUGUGGUGAAUGCUGGCAUUCUUGACCAGCAUUUCGCCUUGCAAUGGGUACAGUCAUAUAUUAAUCUCUUUGGAGGCAAUGCUUCUCAAGUGACGAUCUCUGGAGAGAGCGCCGGAGGCGGAUCAGUCAUGCUUCAGGAUAUGGCAUAUGGUGGAAGCCAAGGCACAGCAUUAUUCGUAAACACCAUCGCCGCUUCUCCAUACCUGCCAAUGCAGUAUGGCUACAGGGAUUGGGUUCCAUCGCAAUCAUACUAUGCGUUUGCCACGGAAGCGGGCUGCCCUCCGAGCCUACCCUACGGUGCCCAUCCUCAGACGAUCUUUGAGUGCCUGCUCGACAAGGACACAGACACCUUGAUCAACGCGAGUGCUGCGAUAUCCCAAUCAGGCAAUUAUGGAACUUGGGCAUUCUUGCCCGUGACGGAUGGGGUGUUUGUUCAAGGUCUUCCCAGUCAGCAACUUUUGCGCAAAAGGGUGAACGGUAUGAAUGCGCUCAUCGGCAACAACGCAGAUGAGGGCCCAGGUUUCGUGCCACAAAACAUUACGACCGAAGAUGAUCUUUUGGCGUGGCUAAAAAUCACCUUCCCACUCUUUACAAACGACGAUAUUGCCAAAGUCUUGCUAUAUUACCCAAGCUCCAAUGAUUCGACCGACUCCUCGGCUCCGCUCUACGCCACCACCGGAAACUCGGGCCCGAGUGCGCUGAACCAGAGUGCGAUAGGUACAGGACAACAACAGAGAGCGAACAACAUCUACGGUGAAACGACGUUCGUCUGUCCCUCGUACUGGAUGGCCGAGGCGUACACCGACCGUGGGCGGGCGUCGUACAAGUACCAGUUUUCCGUGCCACCAGCACUACACGGUUCAGAUACAAGUGCAUAUUUCGGUCCAGCCGCCCAAAACAUUGGCCCAGAUCUAGCACUUGCAUUCCGACAAAUCUGGGGCAAUUUCGUCACGAAGAACGAUCCAAGCAUUUCGUCGAAUGUUGCGAACGGUGCGUCCUCUGGGAAUAGUGGUGCUUCCAAUGAUGCCAGUGAUUGGCCACCGUUCUCGAUCUAUGCUCCAUAUCAGAUCAAUCUAAAUGAGACGGGAGGGACACCAUAUUCAUUCAACGUCACGACAAUAAAUCGCAACAUUACGGUGGACGCUGAGCCUGGCUUGAAGAACAACAUCAGCCUUGUCAACGCUUGGACCUGGGAAGCAGGCAGGGGUUACAGAUGUGACUUUUGGCGCAGCAUGGCGGCCAUCGUGCCUGAAUGA